AUGCCUCGCGUGGACGCCGACCUCAAGCUGGACUUCAAGGAUGUCCUGUUCCGCCCCAAAAGGAGCAGCCUGAAAAGCCGCUCCGAGGUGGAUCUGACGAGGACUUUCACAUUCCGCAACUCCGGGCAGACGUACACAGGGAUCCCUGUCAUCGCCGCCAACAUGGACACCACCGGAACCUUUCAGAUGGCGCAAACCCUAAGCAAACACGCACUCUUCACGGCCAUCCACAAGCACUACACCUUGGACCAAUGGAAGGACUUUGCUGACAAGCAUCCUGAGUGUUUGGAGCACGUGGCCGCCAGCUCGGGCAGCGGCAGUGGCGACAUGGACAAACUUUGCGCCAUCGCCGAGGCCGUGCCGGCCCUCAAGUACAUCUGCCUGGACGUUGCUAACGGCUACUCCGAGCACUUUGUGCACUUCGUCAAGGCGGUGCGGGAAAAGUUCCCUAAACACACCAUUAUGGCGGGUAACGUGGUGACAGGUGAAAUGGUGGAGGAGCUCAUCUUGUCCGGCGCUGACAUAAUCAAAGUGGGCAUUGGACCAGGGUCAGUGUGCACGACUCGGAUCAAGACAGGCGUGGGUUAUCCUCAACUGAGCGCCGUCAUCGAAUGUGCCGACUCAGCACACGGCCUCAAGGGACACAUCAUCUCCGAUGGCGGCUGCAGUUGCCCCGGAGACGUCGCCAAAGCUUUUGGCGCGGGCGCCGAUUUUGUGAUGAUGGGCGGCAUGCUGGCGGGUCACGACCAGUGCUCGGGCGAAAUUAUCGAGAAGAACGGCAAAAAGUUUAAACUCUUCUACGGCAUGAGCUCCGACACGGCCAUGAAGAAAUACGUAGGCGGCGUCGCCGAGUACAGGGCGUCGGAAGGCCGCACGGUGGAGGUGCCGUACCGGGGCGACGUGGAGGACACUAUCCGUGACGUGCUGGGCGGCGUGCGGUCCACGUGCACGUACGUGGGCGCCGCCAAGUUGAAGGAGCUGAGCCGCAGGACCACCUUCAUCCGUGUCACGCAGCAGUCUAGCCAGAUGUUUGCUUAG